UUGUUAGUCAGCUCUCCAUUUUUACAUUUUUUAAUCAAUCUUCCGGUGUGAGCCCGUCCAUAUUUCCUUUUUUUUAAAUCACCACCACGGACAACGGCCGACGCAGUACAACAUAAGCUGCUCCUUAGGACCGGAUGAGCUAAAAAUAGUCUGUUGGUGAAAGAAGCGCACCAGCCAUAUAAAUGUAGGCUACAAAGGCCUACCACCCAGAACUACCGAUUUUCAUCAUGGAGGUAUCGGGGAAAAUCUGGCUUGUUACGUCCUAUCUUAUCGUUCUCGUCCCCCGGGGCGGGGCCCAGAUGGUCGGGAUGGGACAGUCGGAAUACGAUCCAGAUGCCGUGACCCCCGGAAAAUUUCCUGACGACUUUGCCUGGGGUGUGGCGACCUCGGCGUACCAAGUGGAGGGGGCCUGGGACAAAGAUGGACGAGCCCCAAGUAUCUGGGACACAUUCUCCAUGGACGGCAAUGGUCACGUAAAAGACGGAUCCAAUGGCAACGUUGCUUGCGAUCAAUACAGUCAUUACAAGGAGGAUGUGCAGCUCAUCAAAUCUCUAAACGUGAAAUAUUAUCGGUUCUCGAUUUCCUGGAGUCGAGUUCUUCCAGACGGGACAGAGGCUUCCCUGAAUCGCGCUGGAAUCAAAUACUACAAGAACCUGGUGACAGAGCUGAAAGCUAAUGGGAUCGAGCCGAUGGUGACUCUGUACCACUGGGACCUGCCCCAAGCCCUCCACGACAGUAUGGGGGGCUGGCAGAACGCCACAAUUGUGCAGUACUUUGGUGCCUAUGCUAGGGUCAUGUUCCGGGAACUCGGAGACCAGGUGAAAUUCUGGAUCACUUUGAACGAGCCAUGGGUAGUCGCUUGGCUUGGAUACGGUUCUGGUGUCAAUGCCCCGGGGAUCAAAGAGCCCGCUACUGCCCCGUACAUAGUAGGGCAUAACCAGAUUCUCGCCCACGCGCAGGCCUUCCAUAUAUACGACCAGGAGUUCAGGAUAUAUCAGAAAGGACAGAUCGGCAUAACGAUGAACAGCGAUUGGUCGAUUCCUAAAACUGAUUCACAAGAGGAUAUUGACGCUGCUGAACGACAGAUGCAAUUUAGUCUCGGCUGGUUUGCCAAUCCCAUAUUUGGUAAUAAUGGCGACUAUCCGGAUGCAAUGAAACAUAUUUCACGACUUCCAGUUUUCACAGCCUUUCAAAAGCAACGCAACAAUGGGUCUUCUGAUUUCUUUGGCCUAAAUCACUACACAAGUAAAUUGGUGUCAAACAAACCACGCGCUGUUGGUGAUCCAGCCAGCUAUAUCACGGACAGUCAGACACGUUCUGAAGACGAUCCAAGUUGGAGGGGGUCCACCUCCUCCUGGCUCAAGGUCAAUCCCUCUGGAAUGCGCGAUAUACUGAAUUGGAUCAAAAAGACGUACACAAACCCCGAUGUUUAUGUCACGGAGAAUGGAAUAUCUGACUGUGGUACACUGCAAGAUCAGGCAAGGCUGGAUUACUACAACGGCUACGUCAACAACAUGCUCAGAGCUAUAACAUUAGACGGGUGUAUGGUGAAGGGAUACGUAGCGUGGUCACUGUUGGACAACUUCGAGUGGGCGUCCGGAUACACGGAGAAGUUCGGCCUGGUCAAAGUGAACUUUGAGCGUGACGAAAGGCCAAGAACCGUUAAGGACUCGGCCUUCUUCUUUGCUGACUUAGUAAAAUACAACGGCUUCCCGUCCGACUGGGAUACAUCGUCAUAUAUCAUGGCAGAUGUAGAAGAGCGGGAUAUUUUUCUUCAAUCGUCAUUCCCAGACGGGUUUGCGUGGGGCGCCGCUACAGCAGCCUACCAGGUAGAAGGGGCGUGGAACGAGGAUGGGAAGGGACCGAGUAUAUGGGAUGUGUUUUCCCACGCCGGAAGGAUAGCACACCACGAUACUGGAGACGUAGCCUGUGACAGUUACCACAAGUAUAAAGAGGAUGUACAGAUGUUGAAACAACUCGGGGUAUCCCACUACCGUUUCUCCAUCUCCUGGUCCCGUAUCAUGGCGGACGGCACACCGGCAACUCUGAAUCCAAAGGGAAUUGCGUACUACAACAACCUGAUAGACGAACUCCUUAGGAAUGGGAUUCAGCCCUUCGUGACGUUGUACCACUGGGAUCUGCCUCAGGGUCUACAGGAGUUUGGGGGCUGGGAAAACGAUACCAUUGUAGAUCACUUCAACACCUAUGCUGAGAUCUGCUUCGCAAACUUUGGACACAAGGUAAAAUCCUGGAUUACGUUUAACGAGGCGUUCGUCGUUUCCUGGUUGGGAUACGGUAUCGGAGUAUUUGCCCCGGGCGUUUACAGCCCUGGUAACGCUGUGUACAAGGUGGCUCACAAUAUCAUCCGGUCACAUGUCCUGGCUUAUCACACUUACGACGAUCACUUCCGGUCUAGGUAUAAUGGUCAGGUAGGAAUCACUCUAGACUGUGAUUGGAAAGAAGCCAAUCAGCACCGGUCGGCCGCGGACAGAUACGCCGCGGAAAGAGCACUUCAGUUUAAAUUGGGAUGGUUCGCCAAUCCAAUCUUCGGAAAUGGUGACUACCCAUCUGUUAUGAAACGUGUUGUGAAGGCAAAGAGCUUAGCUCAGGGGCUCGCCCAAUCAAGACUACCAGAGUUUACUCCAGAAGAGAUUGCACAAAACAAAAAAUCCGCGGAUUUCCUCGGCUUAAACCAUUAUACGUCUAACCUUGUGUCUCAACUUGACCAACCGAUUCAGGAUCAAAGCUAUGAAAAUGACCAAGAUGUCGACAUCACUUACGACAACUGCUGGAACAGGUCAGAGUCGUCAUGGUUACGUGUUAAUCCCUGGGGACUUAGGAAACUUCUGAAGUGGAUCCACGAUAGAUAUGAUAAUCCCGUGAUCUACGUCACAGAAAACGGAGUUUCCGACAAAGGCCAGCUGAAUGAUGAGACACGUAUACGUUACUACAGAGGUUACAUUAACGAGAUGUUGAAAGCUGUCAGACUAGACGGCGUGGACGUACGAGGUUACAUGGCCUGGUCACUCAUGGACAACUUCGAGUGGACCAGUGGAUACACACAGAAGUUCGGACUGUACCAAGUGGACUUCGACAGUCCACAGCGCGUCCGGUCCAUGAAGUCCUCAGUGUCUGUGUACUCUGAAAUUAUACGAAACAACGGCUUCCCUGAGAUUUAAAAUUAUAUCGAGAUUAAAUCUGAUACAGAAUGAGUAAAAACGUUCUUUAUUCUGUGUUGACCAAUCACAGGUUCCUAGAACACGUUCAUCCGUGAUAUAGUAUAUAAUCUCAUGUAUCCAUUAUCAUAUCGAGUGUUUCGUGCAUGUCGAUAAGUGUACUUACAUAUAAGUAAUGUAUCUUUAUUGUUUUCUCAACUUAUUCUAAUCAGAAGCUCACUUUUUACAAGUCACGUGACUUGUGUUAGGUGAUUUCAUGCGUGAUAUUUUUUGAUAAAAUAAAUAUUUUGCUUGGAAAAGCUGAAUUUCUGUCUGUUGCAUGUAAUCAUUUUGAGGUUGGGUUUUCUAUCAUUAUUAAAAAAGUUAUGGUUUGAUAGUUAACACGUAGUGAAAUUGCGAUAAUAAAUUUCGAUUUUGUUUGUU